AUGGAUACACCUUCAUCAAAUUCACUGUCAAAGCCUCGUCUAAGGCUUAAUCGCUAUACGCCAAAUCCUCGUGUUCAGGACGGUAGUGAUAUGGACUUUACCCCAGUCGCAGUCCCUUCUUCCGCGCGAUCACAAUUCAAUGUCGUCGAUGAUGAAGACGACAAUCAACCUACUCCUCGUAUGCCACUCAGGAACAUCGCUUCUUUUUCGAAUAGCUAUGGUCCAAAUUCUGAAUUUGGACCAUCUACUUCGUCUGUGACACCCUCUGAAACUCCUGCAGCACGCCUCCGCGCCUUGCUAGCACGUUCAUCUGAUUCGCCCAAUGGAAAAUCCCCUCCUACAAGACCCGUUGCACAACUGUCAGAAGAUGGCACUGGCUCUGUGUCCUCUCGUUUUACACCUGCCACUCCAAGUAUCACUCGGGACAGCCUGAAGGAUUUGUUCUCUCGUGCCAGACGUGAGCCUGGGGACACACCACAGAAAUCGAGACCACGCAGAAAUAGUUUUGACACCAGUGAGAUGGACAUUACUCCUGUUGUCGACCGUGAAAGGGAACAGCAUAAGGGUAAAAGAAAAAGUCUCAGUGAUGACGAGGAAUCCAGUAAGGGAUCCGAAUCAUCAUUUCGGUCUCCUCAUGCAGCAACGUUUGAUACCCUUCGUGCACGUCUAAUGUCUUCUCACUCGCGGCUCCUCGAUCAAAAUUUGCCUACAGCGGUGUAUGACAGUCAGUUCAUCUACAUCAUUGUGACGAGUGCACCUGAUUGA